AUGGGUGACGAACCGCUGAAUGUGAAGGAUCCGGAUGAACCUCUGCUUAAGGAUGAAGCUAUUAACAGAAAAAAAAGUCGACUAAGACCUAAUCCUGAAGCUUCUGCUAACUUCUUUUCCAGAAUUUCGUUUUUUUUUAUGACCAAUAUCUUUCGUAUUGGAUACCGGAAAUCAUUGGAAGUUGAAGAUAUGUACGAACCUCUCCCCCAACACGAUUCAGAGACUGCAUGUAGGAAAUUAACAACUGCUUGGGAGUAUGAGCAAAAGCUUGCUUCUGAACAGAAACGGGACGCGUCACUGCUCAAGGCUGUUAUCCGUACAUACUGGAAACAAGUUGCUCAACUGGGAAUUUUACUAUUUCUUGAGGAGUUCAUUCAUCUGUUGCAACCGCUGUUCAUGGGACGACUGAUCAGGUUUUUCCGUCAUGAUAGCUCACUCACUACAAAUGAAGCUUUGUUUUCUGCUGCUGGCGUUGCCAUCAGUGCUGCAGUAGUAGCGAUGAUUCAUCAUCCUUACUUUUAUGGCCUUCAAAAAAUUGGAAUGGAACUGAAAAUCGCUGCUUCUGGAAUGAUGGUGAACAAGGGAAUCCGACUCUCAAGCGCAGCCCUACAGAAAGCUACAGUAGGACAUAUGAUAAACAUCUUAUCAACUGAUGUUACAAAGUUCGAUACUGGGUUCCUUUUCUUCCAUUAUAUUUGGGUGUCUCCUCUACUCUUGUUGGGUUAUUCUUACUUCUUAUGGCAAGAAAUCGGUCCAUCUCUUUUUGCUGGUUUUGGAGGUUUGAUUGUGUUGAUACCCAUACAAGGGUAUUUCAGUCGUCAAAUGGGUGCUUGCAGGCGUGAAAUUUCUGUUCGUACUGAUAAACGUAUCAGUGUGAUGAACGAGAUCUUGAACGGUAUCAGAGUGAUCAAAAUGUAUGCUUGGGAAGGAGCAUUUGCUCAAGUAAUCGGACAGUUGAGAAGUCGUGAGAUGGAGAAAGUAAGAGCAAAUGCCGCUUUUCAAUCUUUGGUUAUGGGGCUAUUCUGGUCAUCCGGUAAACUUGUCGUGUUAUUUUCCGCCGUAUGCUACGUCUUCACUGGGAACAUUUUAACUGCUGAAAGAAUAUUCGUUUCCACUGCUCUCUUCAAUUCAUGUAGAUUACCAAUCACCCUGUUCCUUCCGUUUUCAAUACAAUUUUUCUUUGAAGCUCGCGUGUCAAUCAGGAGAAUUCAAGCAUUCCUUGAGCUUGAGGACUUCUCCAGAGUUUCUAUUACUAACUCAAAGCCAAAAACGAAGAAGACGAAGAGCAUAAACGACAAAGCUGAGGAAGAGACUCCUCUGACAAAUGCUGACGAAGAUGUACCCGAAUCAAAGCAUUGUGACAUAAACAUCAAAUCAGGCGAAGACAGGAAUGGUGCACAUAUUACUCUCAACAAUUUCUCAUCUAGUUGGACUACUGCAGAGGAAUCGGGCGAAGAUGUGGUCGCUGUGAGGAAUGUAGACUUAUCAGCUAGCAAAGGUCAACUUGUUGCGGUUGUUGGACCUGUUGGAGCUGGAAAGUCAUCGUUGUUAUACACAUUAUUGGGUGAAGCAAGAGGCGUGAAUGGAACCUUAUCUAUGUCUGGAAGAAUCGCUUACUGCUCACAGGAUUCUUGGAUAUUUAGCGGCACUGUUCGAGAUAAUAUUCUCUUCGAUCAAUCAUUUGAUGAAGCGAGGUAUCGCAAAGCUAUAGAUUACUCAGCACUUUCUAAUGAUAUUGCCCAACUCCCACAUGGAGAUGCAACAACCGUAGGUGACAGAGGAACUUCAUUAUCAGGUGGACAGAAAGCAAGAAUUGCACUGGCCAGAGCCUUAUACUCAGACGGUGACAUAUAUUUAUUAGAUGAUCCUUUGUCUGCUGUUGAUGCUGCUGUUGGUCGCUUCUUAUUUGACAAAUGCAUAUGUCAUGUUCUGAAAGAUAAAAUAAGAAUACUGGUGACUCAUCAAGUUCAAUUUCUGGAUAAAGCUGAUAUUGUGUUGCUCAUGAGAAAUGGAGAAGUGAUUGCUAGUGGACCUCCUUCACAAUUGAAGAAAAGCCACGCUAAAGAGUUUGAAGCUUUGAUACAUGAGACAGAAGAGACGUAUGCAAGACGUAUUUCUGAAAGUGGAACUCCAAGAAGAACUCUAUCUGAAACGGAGUCUGAAGGUUUGCGCAAAUUAAUCGAACUAGGAAAGAUUCAAACCUUAGAACAUCAAUCUUUGCAACGUGCAUUAUCUGUCACCAGCGAUAAGGAAGAACAUGUGUUCAACGGGAAAGCUGAUUAUGUUGCUCCUGUAGAAGAAGAAGAGAAAGGAGAUGGAGCUGUAUCAUGGGCUAUUUACUGGCAUUACAUACGAGCUAUGUGUGGUAACCCUUGGAUUGUUGCCCCACUCACUGUUAUGGUUCUUGCUGUUCAACUCAUAUUCAAUAUUACUGACUGGUGGUUGAACAAAUGGGCCAAUGCAUCUGAAACAAUAUAUGCUUCUGUCUUGAAUGGUUCUACUUCUGUUGAGAUAACUGGAGAGGAGACCGUACCAUUGUCGUUCCUAGGAUAUGUUCUCAAUCUGACAUUGAGUGAAUAUAUGUAUACUUUCGCCGUGUUAACAUUCGUACUAAUAAUCGGCUCUGUCAUAAGAUGUGUGUGGUUCCGAAUGGCUCAAAUUGUCGCAUCUUCUCUUCUACAUAACAGAAUGUUCGAUGCUAUAGUCAAAGCAAAAAUUAUCUUCUUCGAUAAGAAUCCCAUAGGUCGUAUUCUCAAUCGUUUCUCCAAAGAUGUAGGAACUAUGGAUGAUCAACUAUCUUUCGUAUUCUUUGAAUUCAUGAUGGGAGCUCUCAAUGUUUUCGGUCUCGUUGCGGUGAUUCUCUUCAUCAAUCCUAUUGUUUUCCUACCAACCUUACCACUUCUCAUCCUUUUUGUUUUCCUGCGAAUCGUUUAUUUAUCAACUUCUCGGGAUGUCAAACGGCUUGAAGCAACAACUAGAAGUCCUCUGUAUUCGCACAUCUCGGCUGUCAUGCAUGGUCUCGUCACCGUAAGAGCUUUUUCCAAACAGAAUCAAGCCAUGCUACGCUAUCAUGAAGUUCAAAAUAUCAAUUCUUCUGGCUUCGGUCUCACCGUAUCUACUUCCCGAUGGUUCGCAGUAUGUACAGAUUGGCUUGUUGCAUUUUUCGUAACUGCUGUUUCUUUCUUCUGUAUUUACACACACACUGUUAUGACCUCUGGCGAAGUAGCUUUGAUGCUGGUAUACGCCGUUCAGCUUACCGGGUUCUUCUCAUGGAUUAUGAGACAAUCGGCUGAACUCCAAAACGGUAUGGUUUCGGUUGAAAGAGUUGUCAAUUAUACCCAAUUGGAACCUGAAUUAACUAGUGACAAAACUGUUCCUGAUGAAUGGCCUACCGCCGGUCAUCUCCAGAUGAAUAAUGUGUAUCUGAAAUAUGAUGAGACCUCUGAUUAUGUUUUAAAGAGAAUAUCGUUGGAUAUCAAGCCGAAAGAGAAGAUUGGUAUUGUCGGUAGAACUGGAGCUGGUAAAUCAUCCCUGCUUCGGGCUUUGUUCCGAUUAACGGUCCCUUGCGAAGGAAAUAUCCUUAUCGAUACCAUUGAUUGUGCUAAUGUUCCACUUCAAAGACUUAGAAAAAGUAUUUCGAUCAUUCCUCAGGAGCCAGUGUUGUUUAUUGGUAGUCUUCGACGAAAUCUAGAUCCUUUCGAUGAAUAUUCUGAUGAAGCAGUUUGGGAUGCUUUGGAACAGGUGGAAUUGAAAUCGGUGGUCGUAGAAUUACAAGGAGGACUUCAGGCCUCGAUGCAAGAGGGUGGUGUUAACUUCUCGGUCGGUCAACGUCAGCUGAUUUGCCUUGCGAGAGCUCUUCUCCGUCAUGCUCGUAUUUUGGUAAUUGAUGAAGCAACCGCCAAUGUAGAUCCUCAAACUGAUGCCCUGAUCCAGAAAACAAUUAGAAUGAGAUUUGCUGACUCUACCGUUCUCACCAUUGCUCAUCGUCUUAACACAAUUAUGGACAGCACUCGCGUACUUGUUCUGAAAGAUGGAGAAGUUGCAGAGAUCGCUACUGCACAUGAGUUGUUGCAGAAACCAGAAAGUUUGUUGAGCUCUUUGGUUGAAGAAACAGGAUCAGCCAAUGCUGCGCUUUUGAGAAAGAUUGCGAAGCAAGCAUACGAUCAUAUUCAUCAAGAGAAUUGA